CGCACGCACAGGUUCAACACAUGGCACUCAGAUCGAUAUUAAGCGGUUAACAUGAAAAAUUGAAUAUUUUACAUUCUAAACCAUUUUUAAUAGUUACAGCGUUUUAGUUGUUUAGGACGUUUGAUCGCAUUCCAUUAACCUCCAGAUCUAUACGUCUUCUCCCAGACUGAAAUCGCUGCGUUAUUGGAUUUUUUCCCCAGCUCAUCUGGUUUUGUUGGAUAAAGAUUUCGAGAAAUGAGAAUGAAGAUUUUGACCCCUGUCCAAGCAGAUUUUGCGAUCGCCUUCAACAGAUAAUGUGCUUCUUGAAAGUGCAUUAUUCUGGGGCGCUGAAUCUUCUCAGGAAUUUUCAAACUUUCUCACAGGACAAGCCUCUGUCAUCCCUGGACUAGCAUCAAGCCUGCACUUUUUUCCCUCUUACUUUAAGGAUAGUUAUCUCACUAUGACGAUUCCACUUUCCAGAACACAACUUGCCCUCUUCUUUAUUCUGCUUUGUCCAGUCAACAUUAUUGGGCUCUGGUGGGCAGUGGGGAGUCCGUUGGUCAUGGACCCAAAUAGCAUCUGCAGGAAGACAAAACGUCUAGCAGGCAAGCAGGCCGAGCUAUGCCAGACGCAGCCGGAGAUUGUCAACGAAGUUGCCAAAGGUGCUAAGCUGGGUGUGCGAGAAUGCCAAUACCAGUUCCGCUUUCGACGCUGGAACUGUACCAGCCAGAACAAGCACUUUGGCAAAAUCCUCCAGCAAGACAUCCGAGAGACAGCGUUCGUGUAUGCCAUCACAGCGGCAGGCGUGACGCAUGCAGUGACCCAGGCCUGCAGCAUGGGGGAGCUACUGCAGUGCGGCUGUGUGGCCACGCGGAGCCGAGGGCCGCCCCCGCAUUUAGGCAGCAUGGGCCCAACUGAGGGGGUGAAGUGGGAGUGGGGAGGCUGUGGGGAUGAUGUGGAGUUCGGCUACGAGAAGUCCAAGCAGUUCAUGGACGCUAGGCGGAGGAAGGGCAAGAGUGACAUUCGCACACUGAUUGACCUUCAUAAUAACGAGGCCGGUAGGCUGGCUGUGAAGAAUUAUAUGAGAACUGAAUGUAAAUGUCAUGGGUUGUCUGGCUCUUGCACUCUGCGGACCUGCUGGAAGAAAAUGCCUCACUUCCGCGAAGUGGGUGACCGUCUGCUUGAGCGCUUCAACGGGGCAUCCAAAGUGAUGGGUGGGAAUGAUGGUAAGACUCUCAUUCCAGUGGGCCAAAACAUCAAACCGCCGGACAAGCAGGAUCUCAUUUACUCGGCUGAGUCACCAGACUUCUGCCUGCCCAACAGGAAGACGGGUUCCCUGGGCACACGGGGGCGAAUAUGCAACAGCACUGCUCUGGAUGUGAGCGGAUGCGACCUUCUGUGUUGCGAGAGGGGAUAUUGGGACGAGACGGUGGUCUUGGAGGAAAACUGUCUCUGCCGUUUCCACUGGUGCUGCGUGGUCCAGUGUAAAAAGUGUUCUGUUAGGAAGGAACUCAGUUUGUGUCACUAACCAAAAGCCCUUGAUAUAGAGAUUGAGAAGAGUGCAUCAGAAUGAGAAAUCCUCUGGAAGUCGUGCUAGAACAAUCAAGCUCUGUUGCGUAGAAUCUUGAACAUUCCAGAUUCACUCUAGAAUGUACUGCAAAACGUACAUGCACAUUUCAGACCCUGAGUUUUUGGAAAACACUAGAGGUGCAUCUGACUCAUAAUGCACCCUUCAGAAUACCUUUAGAACCACUAGUCUCAAUGACUACUCAAGAUUUAGGAGGGGUUCAUCAGCUGUGGAGUCAAGACAUUCAGAAAUCCUUAUCAGCAGAGUGAAGAGGGCUUUUGUGUGUCUGUUUCUUUUAGAUCAGCCCUGUUUAUUUUGUCAGUUCAUUGAAUGCUAUAAGUGGUUAUAUCCUCUGUUGAGUCAAUGAAUGGAAGCACUUCCACUGUCUUGAGUGCUCACUAUGUGCACAUAGGGACAGAAUUGCAGCCAUGGUGAUAAUAGAAGCACAGCAACAUGAUGGUGCUUGAUGUCAGUGCAAUGGCAAAGGCUUCUCUUGCUCAGUACUGUCUGAAGUGAGAGGGACAUCAAGUAAAGGAUAUUUGGCAUAGCGCUCUGUAAAAUGGGCAUUGCCUGGACACAAUGAAAAUAAUCUUAUUUAUAUUGUCUAACAUGACUACUUGUAAGUGAAUUGACUAAUGCCCUGUCAUUUUCUUUUAAAAGCACUUUGAAUGUGAGAACUUUUAACAGAAAGAGUAGCAUGUCAUUUCAAUCUUAAACUCUGUUGUUUCAAAGGUAAAAAGCAAAUGCAAGAGAAGCAAUGUGUAAAAACUCUUUGUUUUCAUUUUUAUUUUAUUUUUUAAUCAUAUUUAAUCUUGAGGGCUUUUAAUGCACUUUUAUUGGUACUGAAUACACUUUUUCAUCCAUUUGCUCCAUGGUUAAACACAUUUUUAGUGUUUUGAUUGUUUUUAAAGGGAUCGUUCACUCAAGAAAUUUAAAUUUCAAAUGAACAUUUUUUUUACUGUCCCUUAUGUUGUUCCAAAACUCUAUGACUUUGUUUCUUCUGUGGAACAUAAAGGGAAGUGUUUUGGCAGAAUGUUAACCUCAGUCACCAUUAACUUUCAUUGCACCUUUUUUCCAUACAGUGAAAGUGAAUGGUGACUGAGACUACCUAACAUCUCCUGUUUUGUUUCAUGGAAGAAAUAAAUGUACAUGUGUUUGGAACGACAUGUGGUUGAGUACAUUUUGACAGAGUUUUAAUUUACGGGUGAAAUAACCCUUUAAGAAUAAAAGUGCUUGCAUAUUAUUGAUCUUGCAUAUGCCUUUUAAUAUGCUAUCACUGCUCCCUUUGCUAAACUGAUUGUUACAGAUUGUUAAUGACAGUGGAUGAGAAAUUAAUUUCCAUUGUUUGUGAUAUGGUUUCCAUGGCAAUAACAACUUUUCGCAGAUCAGUUCAUGUGUCCAUUUUGAUUUGUCAGUAGUAUCUUUGGGUAAUCAAAACACUGCAUUUUCAUAAAGGGCAAAUUCAGGACUUUUUAGCACCAUAUUCAGUGUCACACAAAUUAAUCAUAUUUGAAAUAUAAUAUUUCUGCUGUCUGUAUCGUUAAUGAGAUCAGAAACAGCAAUGUUAAGAAACAGACAUAAAGAAUGCAGAGUUUCACUAGAUACUACGGGGUCAGCCAUGAGACUUUCAUCAAGUGUUAAUCUCAAGCACCCCUUCCUUUGUUUUGGGAUGUAUUGCAUUUUUUGGAACAUACCUUUAUGAGGUAUCAUCUGGAGUUUUCUUCUUGUUUUCCUAUCUUGUGAGCCACAGACCAUAGAGAAAUACAGCUUUCACAUGCAUUUGUAAUAGGAGCAUAAUAAAUAUAAUGGACUUAAGUUAGUGAAAAGUGAUGGCAUGUCCAGUAAAUGUAAAUGACUUGAACACACAUUAUUCAGCUCUAUUUAUCUGUGGACAGUUCUAAACUUUAAAUAAAAAUCUUAAACUUGUAUAUGAGAAAUGUGGUGGAAGGAUAUGCAAGAUUAUUAAUUGCUCUUCAAAACAACUGUUUAUUAAGUUGUCUUGUAUUAAUUCAUUACAGAAUUUUAUUUUUUGCAUAAUUAAUCAUAAUGUAUUUGAGAAGGAAGAUGAUUCGGAAAAAAACAAAAAACAAACAAGAGACUGGAACUAAAAACCUUACUUGUAGCUGCUCAUCACUGAAUAAAAU